AAAAUAUUUAUUUAAAAUAUGAGUUUGGCAUUUGAUGAUUAUGGCAGACCUUAUAUAAUAUUGAGAGAGCAAGGAUCAAAGAAAAGAAUGAAGGGAUUGGAAGCAUAUAAAAGCAAUAUAUUGGCUGCUAAAGCAAUAGCUAAUACUUUAUCAUCUUCUCUUGGUCCAAAAGGUAUGGAUAAGAUGUUAGUAUCUGCUGAUGGAGAUGUAUCUGUAACAAAUGAUGGUGCAACAAUAGUAGAAAAAAUGGUAAAAAAUAAUUGAAUAAUAAAAUAAUUAGGAAAUAUAACAUCCAACAGCAAAAUUAUUAGUUGAAUUGUCAUAAUCAUAAGAUGCAGAGAUAGGAGAUGGUACAACAGGAGUAGUUGUAUUAGCUGGCAAAUUAUUAGAAUAAGCAUUAACAUUGUUAGAUAAGGGAAUACAUCCAUUAAAAAUUAGUGAUGGAUUUGAUAGAGCUUGUGAUGUUGCUAUAAGUUAAAUUACAUAUUAAAUUUAGAACAUUUGGAUUAAAUUGCUGAAGAAAUAGAUAUUUAACAAAAUGAUCAUGAAGCACUUAUUUAAGCUGCAUGUACUGCUUUAGGAUCUAAAGUUGUAUCAAAAAGAAAAAGAGAACUUGGAAAGAUAGCUGUAACUGCUGUUUUAGAUGUUGCAGAUCUUACAAGAAAAGAUGUCAAUUUAGAUUUGAUUAAAAUUUAAACUAAAACUGGAGGCAGUGUUGAAGAUACCAGACUAAUUUCUGGUAUUCUUAUUGAUAAAGAUAUGAGUCAUCCAUAAAUGAAAAAAGAAGUAACUGAUGCUAAAAUUUGUUUAUUAACUUGUCCAUUUGAACCACCAAAACCUAAAACUAAACAUAAUAUUAAUAUUUCUAAUGCAGAAGAUUAUAAAAAACUUUACUAAUAAGAAUAAUAAUACUUUGUUGAUAUGGUUAAACUUGUUAAAAAUAGUGGUGCUAAUAUUGCAUUAUGUUAAUGGGGAUUUGAUGAUGAAGCAAAUCAUUUAUUAUUAUAGAAUGAAUUACCUGCUGUAAGAUGGGUAUCAGGUACAGAUGUUGAAUUAAUUGCAAUGGCUACUGGUGCUAGAAUUAUUCCUAGAUUCUAAGAAAUUACACCUUAAAAAUUAGGAAAAGCAGGAUCUAUUAGAGAAGUUCAAUUUGGAACAUCUAAUGAAAGAAUGCUUGUAAUCGAAAAUUGUUAAUGCACUAAAGCUGUUACAAUUCUCAUUAGAGGGGGCAGUUAAAUGAUUGUUGAUGAAGCUAAAAGAUCUAUUCAUGAUGCCAUUUGUGUCAUUAGAAAUUUAAUCAAAGAUAAUAGAAUAGUUUAUGGUGGAGGGUCUGCAGAAUUAGCUUGUGCUCUCUAAGUUUUAUAAUAUGCUGAUGAAGUACAUUUAUUUUAAUAUUUAUUUUAGGUAUCUUCAGUUGAAUAAUAUGCUGUAAGAUCAUUUGCUGAUGCUCUAGAAGGAAUUCCUAAUUGCUUAGCAGAUAAUUGUGGUCUUAAUCCAAUUACAUCUGUAGCUCAAGCAAAAUCUAGAUAGUUAGCAGAAAAGAAUCCUAGAAUCGGAAUUGAUUGUAUGGAAUUAGUAUUUCUUUCAAUUUUAUUUUGUAGGGUACAAGCGAUAUGAAAGAAUAAAAAAUUUAUGAAACUUUAAGCUCAAAGAAAUAAUAAAUUUAAUUAGCCACUUAAGUUGUUAAAAUGAUUUUGAAAAUAGAUGAUGUAAUUGCUCCUGAUGACUAUUGAGUAUUAAUAAAAAAC